AUGAAUAAGAAAAGAUACUUUCUGGAACCUCCAGAGGUCAAAGACUACCUGGUCAAAGGCGACAGAUUUACCAAGUGGUCAGAGGACUCCACAAAGACCGUUCCUGUCACCAUGAAGAUGGAUCCGAAAGGUUUUUAUGUCUACUGGAUCAACCAAAGCAAGGAAACAACGUUCCUGGAUGUUGCCACCAUCAGAGAUACCCGAAUAGGAAAACAUGCAAAACUUCCCAAACACCCCAAAGUUCGCAACGUGUUCAACCUGGACUUUCCAGACAGCAACCAUCUCGCCAAAACCCUGACCAUAGUCUCAGGCAUGGACACAGUGAAUCUGACUUACUACAACUUCUUUGCCUCAAAGGAGAAAGUGACACAGAACUGGGCAAAUGACAUUCUUGCAAUUGCCUACAACGCUGCAAGAAACAAUGCAUGCAGACAAGUCUUCCUGGAUAAAAUGUACGUCCGCAUCUCUCUUCACACCAACAAGGACGGCAAGAUCCCGGUGAAAAAUAUUUACAAGAUGUUCCCUGCGGAUAAGAAGAGGGUGGAAAGUGCCUUAGCAUCAGCGCACCUCCCUAAAGGAAAGCAUGACACCAUGAAGCCUGAUGUGUUCACUGAGGCUGCCUUCAAGGCCUUUCUGACGCAUCUCUGCCCACGGCCAGAGAUCUACGAGAUCUUCACUUCUUACUCCACAAAACCCACCAUGACAAAGGAGAAUUUCACCAAGUUUCUCAACGAGAAACAGAGGGACUCCCGGCUCAACGAGGAGCUUUUUCCACGUCUGCGGCAGGACCAGAUCAAAGCUCUGAUCGACAAAUAUGAACCCUGUUCUAACAAUACCAACAGAGGCCUGAUCUCUCCAGAAGGUCUUCUGUUCUACCUGAUGGGGUCGGAGACAUCGGUUGUGGUGCAGGACAGGCUGGCUAAGUGUCAGGAAAUGACCCAACCCAUACCCCACUACUUCAUCAAGUCCUCCCACAACACAUACCUGACAGCUGGUCAGUUCUCCGGUGUGUCCUCUCCGGAGAUGUACCGUCAGUGUCUGCUGUCCGGCUGCCGGUGUCUGGAGCUGGACUGCUGGAAGGGCAAACCUCCAGAUGAAGAGCCCAUCAUUACCCAUGGCUUCACCAUGACAACGGAGAUCCUCUUCAAGGAUGUGAUUGAGGCCAUAGCUGAGAGCGCCUUCAAGACCUCACAGUACCCUGUUAUCCUCUCGUUCGAGAACCACGUCGACUCGGUGAAACAGCAGGAGAAGAUGGCCAACUACUGCAAAACCAUAUUUGGUGAUGCCCUGCUAACAGAGCCGCUGGACAAAUACCCUCUGAAGCCAGGCCAGCAGAUCCCCAGCCCAUCUGAGCUCAUGGGCAAGAUCCUCAUCAAGAACAAGAAGGGCAGCCACGAAAAACCAGCCCAGACUAAGAAAACCACCUCAGCAGCCACCACCGACCAGACCACAACCACUACCACAACCACUACCACAACCACAGCUGCACCCACCCAGGUCACAAACAGCACUCCUCAGGAUCCCGCAAACGCAGCACCCAGCACCCAGGAGAACCAAGAGGGCGACGCAGCUGUGGAGGAGAACGAGGAGCAAGAAGACGCAGAGGAACAGGAUGAGGAGAAAAUGAAGACAUCAGAUGAGGGCACAGCUGGACAAGAAGUGACAGCGUACGAGGCAAUGUCAUCCCUGGUCAACUACAUCCAGCCCAGCAAAUUCAUCUCUUUUGACAAUGCCAGAAAGAAAAACAAGAGUUACGUCAUCUCAUCUUUUGUGGAGACCAAAGGGGAGGCAAUGAUUUCCAAGACUGCUGUUGAAUUUGUGGAAUACAAUAAGAGGCAGAUGAGCAGGAUUUACCCCAAAGGAACAAGGAUGGACUCAUCCAAUUACAGCCCACAGCCUUUCUGGAAUGCAGGCUGCCAGAUGGUGGCGCUCAACUACCAGACCAUGGAUUUCCCCAUGCAGCUGAACAUGGCUCUGUUUGAGUUCAACGGCAGAACGGGUUACCUCCUCAAGCACGAUGUCCUGCGCCGCAGCGACAAGAAGUUUGACCCUUUCUGUGACAGGAUUGACACGGUUGUGGCAAGCACGCUGACCAUAAAGAUCUAUUCGGGUCAGUUUCUGUCUGACAAGAGCGUGAAAACAGGGGUGGAGGUGGAGGUGAUCGGGCUGCCGGGAGACCCCAAAAAGAAAUAUCGCACCAAGUGGUCCAGCACGCCCAACGCCAUUAACCCUGUGUGGAAUGAGGAGCCUUUUGUUUUUGAGAAGAUCCUGCUCCCAGAAAUGGCCUCUCUAAGAAUCGUAGUCCAUGAGGAGAACGGUAAAUUCUUGGCACACAGGAUCAUCCCACUUGAUGCCAUCCAAUCAGGCUUCCAUCACAUCUGCCUGCGCAGUGAGAGCAACUUGCCGCUCACUUUGCCCGCUCUCUUUGUCUACAUCGAGGUCAAGGACUACAUCCCUGCUGCCUUUGCAGAUUUCACAGAUGCCUUAUUUAACCCAACAAAGGGCACAGAGAAGACAACAAAGACCCCAAAGGAGUCGUCAGCUGACUACAUUUCCCCCUACGAGUUGCCUCUUGCGGCCGAAACCCCCACAGACAAAGCUAAGGAAAGUGAAGCCUCCGUCGUGGAAAAGGCUGCAUCUGAACCGACACCGCCUGUUGAUGCCACUGACCAAUCGUCCCAGUCUGCUCCAGAAACAAGUGCAGAAGAAGCUAAAGAAGAGGCAGUGAACAAAACAGAUACUCCACAGCCUGCAGCAGAGCCUCCUCAAACUCCUGACACAGCUGCUGCUGCUGCUGCUGAAGAUCCAGCACCAGAUGCAGGAACAUCUGACCCCCUUCCUGAAGUCACUCCUUCCCCUGAGGAGGAAGCUGCCCCUGAAAAAGAAGCGUCCCCGGAGGCUGCCUCUGAAAAAGAAGCGCCCUCAGAGCCAGAGGCAGCUCCCGAAACCAAAGAUGAACCGGUAAAUGACUCCAGCACUGACCCUGAGCCUGCUUCAGAUGAUAAAGCAGGCACAGAGGAGGCUUCAGGAGAGCCUGCUGCUGCUGCUGCUGCUGCUGCUGUGGUCGUGCCCUGUCCGGCGAGCGCAUUGCCAGAGUCUGCAGGAUUGAAUGACUCAUCUGAGCUGCCGGCGUGCAGUGAAGAGGAUUCUCACAACAAACCCCUGUGUGUUUAUGCUGCAGAGCCUUCGACUGUGACUACUGAGGAACUGACACAGCACAAGAACUAUCUGAAGGUCAUCAAGCGUCAGGAGAAAGAGAUGAAAGAAACCGAAAAGAAGUAUCAGAAAAAAGGAGAGGACCUGAUUCAGAAAUGCUCUGACUCCUUUAAGGCCAUGAUGAAGAAAACCUCUCUAAAGAAAAAAGAGGGCGGGGGAGGCACUUCAGACUCCAGCGUGAAGACGGAGCAGGUGAAGGAGCAGAAAGAGAAAAUGCAGGUCGAGCUGCAAGCUCUGUGGACGGAGCAGAACGAUCAGCUGAAGAAGAAGAAAGAACAGUUUGCUACAGAGAGACUGGCCAAACUGUUGGAGCUGGCCACAGAGAGACACACCAGUGAAGUGAAGACCCUGGAGAGUGAAGCCAAAGAUAAAAUGAAGAAAACGCUCUCAAAAUCUUCAUCAUCAAAGAAAGCAAAGCUUAAAAAGGCCAUGAGCACCGAGAUGUUGGAUGAGAACAGUCAGUCCGAUGGUGCAUGACACGUUGUAUUGUUACAGUCCUCAGAUCACAGCCCGCAGCAAGAGGCUCUGAAGAAGAAACAGGCUGCUACACUGGAAGAAAUCAAGACCCUGACUAAUCAGCUCAAUCAGGAGGCCCUGAAGGAGCAUGAACAGAAACUGAGGUCUCUGCCAGCGGAGGUGAGGGAUGCAGUUAAUGUCUGUGUGGGGGCUCACUUUCCUGAACUGGUUGACCAGGCUGGAGACAAGAAGGUGGAGGGAGGCAGCUUCUAUGGAGAUGUCUUUCUUGGUUAA